CUGAAGCUAUUCGAGCUCAGUCCCAUAGCGGCUUUGCACUUGGUUCUUAUCAAUCAUUAUAUAUUUUUUAUUCAUUUAUAAUGUUAUGUUUUAAUAUACAUGCUGCUAACUCGGAAAUUUCAAGAUAUGCGAGCAAAAAAAUGCUCCUGACACUUAGGCAAUACGACACGAGCAAGAGUGCUGUUUUUGUUUCGUUUGUGUUCGAUCCAAAUCCGCGUUGUCUUGGGAGAAUCACUGAUUCACUGAGCCACUCAUAAAAACAGUCAUUUGAUUCGCUCCUGAAGGAUUCAGCCGUUUUGAAAGAAUCAUUUGAAUGACUCAGUGAUUCAAUCACGAACUUCUGCCACCUGGCCCGUCUAAAAGUAGGCAUAUUACAUUAUUUUAUUAUACAUUACAGUCUAAAUGAAUAAAUGCCACAUCAAAAUGUCACUUCAUGCAGCUUCUGUGCAGUGCUAAGAUGAGUUUUGUUUAUAUCAUUUUAUGGAUAACAAUAGCCAGUCAUUCAUUCACAUUAAUUAAGUAUUCAUAGAAUAAUAUUGUCUAUUUUCACUUACAUCUAUUUAUUUAUUAAUUUUUUAUUAAUUUUGUAGAAUUGAAUUAUAAAUUAAGUUGGUAUAGUAUCGUAAGACAUGGUAUCGUGACAACCCUAUUAUAGGCCUACACCACAUUCUUUGUUUCAGUUUAAACUAAUUCCCACAUUUCCUCCGUCGAGUUUAAUAUCUUUUUUUUAGAUUGUUUGUACAAUCAUUCAUUCAUACAGUAGGCUAGGCUAGUGUCACUGGAAAAGACGCCUAGUUGGUACAACAGGGCCACAGAGCAUUUUCUUGAAAAGGAACAUAGGGCAGAAUUUAAGUAUAAAUAAAUGGACAAUUUUUAUGAUGUAGGCCGAAAAUGAGCUUCCCCUCUUUGAAAGACCAGCAGCCGCCACUGCUGAGCAGAUUUAGUUGGCUGCGCACGACGUUGGAAUGUUGGAUCCUAAACUUGGAAUCCACAUUUGGACGUUCACAUGGACUCCGUUGCUGCUUCAGUGGAGUAAGAAGAUGCGCUGGUGUACAGUCUCAGAGCCGGAGCAGAGGAAGUGUGCUGAGCUGGCCAAAGCUCUGGUCGCUGUCCUUCCACCUGCGGCUGUCACAGCAUUCGGCCGUCUCUCAUGUGUGAAAGCUUAUGGCACUGCUGACUGCAUUAAUAAGAUACGGGAUAAUAAAGCUGACCUAGUGACUCUGGAUGCUGGAGAGGUGUACUCUGCAGUAAAACAGUUUGGGCUCACAGUAGUCGCGAAGGAGAUCUACAGAGAUGGUGGCUGUAUUCUUGCAGUUGCUGUGGUGAGGAACAGCAGUACUUUAGAUAUGCGCUCUUUGCGGGGCAGUAGGAGUUGCCAUAGUGGAGCUCGCUGGACUGCUGGUUGGAGUCUCCCUUUGGGACAUCUCCUUUCAAGAAACCUCCUGCCCUGGGCAGAGGAUGAGCCCCUCAGUCAGGCGGUUAGUGCUUUCUUCAAUGCCAGCUGUGUGCCUGGAGCAACUACAAUGGCACCUAGCCUUUGUUCCUUGUGCCAGGGUCAAAGGUCAUACAUUCGUCAGAAAAAUUUCCAUUGUGAGACGUCUCACAGUGAACCAUUCUACCACAACCAAGGAGCACUCAGAUGUUUACAGUCACGCGCAGGAGACGUGGCCUUUGUGGAUCACACAGCUCUGGACAGGAUAGAUGAAAGUGAGAAAGAUGAGUUCAGACUGUUGUGUACAGACGGAACUCAUGCUCCCCUCAGCAGUUCUAGAAAAUGUAACCUUGGACGAGGCCCUGGAGGAGGUGUGGUCACACGAAUGAACACCCGUAAAAUUGCUCGAAAGUUCUUGGUCGCUGCCCAGAUAUCAUUUGGUUGGAGGGGAAGGGAGCGUCAGCGCUUCCAGCUGUUUGAAUCAGCAUCCUACGGUGGGAUUGACCUUCUCUUCAAAGAUGUGACUGAGAAAUUAUCAGUUCUGAUGGAAGACAUGGAUAUGAGCCAAGUUCUGGGACUGGACUAUGUGGCCUUGCUCAAGGGCCUUGGACAUGAAGGCAGCUCACUGGAGGACAGUGUGGUGAGGUGGUGUUGUAUAAGUCAUGCUGAACAGAAGAAAUGCGAGCAGUGGGCUCUUAGCAUAAAAUCAGAUCCUCUGGUGUGUGUGAAAGCUUCAUCUAUGAGUGACUGCAUUGAGAAGAUCAAGAGGGAUGAGGUAGAUGCUGUGUCUCUUGAUGCCACUCACGCAUUCAUAGCUGGGAAAUGUGGCCUUGUCCCUGUUGUGACUGAAUAUUAUGGAGAGAAAUGUGAGAAUCUUGAAGGAGUUGGAGGCCAUUUUGAAAGUGAUGAAUUACCAUCAGUGUAUGGUGUGGCAGUCGUACGUCGAACAAGUAGGAGUUUAUAUUUUGGAAGUCUGGGUGGCAGACGCUCUUGCCACGGUCACAUGUACAGCCCUGCUGGCUGGGUUUUACCUGUGAGACACACACUCAGCACAGAGCACAACAGCAGCGCCCCAUGUCAGCCGAAUAAUGUGUAUGGUAAGGUGUUUUGGAAAGGUUGUUUGCCAGGAGGUCAAGGCAAUCUCUGUAAGGUGUGUAUGGGUGGGACUGAGGAAGCUGCCACCAAACGGUGUGCUGACAACCAUAAUGAGCGUUACUAUGGCAAUAUGGGUGCAUUAAGGUGCUUGGUUGGAGACCCUAGUGGGAAGAGCUUUGGAGAUGUGGCGUUUAUGGAACACCACAAUCUGGAGAGCAACAUCGAACGUCUAAACACCAGUGGCUGGGCAGAGGGUUGGCUCGCUUGGGACUUUGAGUUGCUUUGUGGAGAUGGCAGCCGGGCUUCUCUGACGGAGUGGAAGACCUGUAAUUUAGGAGCAAUCCCUCCAAAUAUUGUUAUGACACGUCCUGUUCUUACAGCUCGCAUUUAUGACCUCUUAAUGAAGUCACAGGAAACCAUAGCAGCUCGUCCAGAUUCUGGGUUCCACCUGUUUGAAUCUCAGCAGUAUGGAGAGAGUGACCUGCUCUUUAAAGAUGCUACAAAGUGCCUCGUUCACACCAGUCACAUGGACUACCGCACCAUACUGGGAGAAGAGUUCUAUUCACAGGCUGAGAGCAUCUUUAACUGCACGCACUCAAAUAUCUUGCAGUUCUGCAAUCAAGAUGUGUGCAGCAUAUUCUAAACAACCUCUAUGAAUUUUUUUGACAAUGUUAAAAAAGAAGCAUGGGUCAAAAUGUAUAUGGUUUAUUUUGUAUCAUUAUUGACAUACAAUAAAAUUAUCUCUUAAGAUAUUAUAUA